ACUGCUUGUUGAGGACGAGCGUCUCUGCAGCAGCUGCUGAUGUGAUUGCAAAGCAGCAGGUCGCGCAGAGACAAACGCUUCCAUUUAAAGGGACCGGUAAACUACAGAAGGGAUGAAGACAAAGGCAGCUUGAAAAGGGAAGGCUCCGAAAUACACGACUCAGGAGGUGUUGAAACCACCCCCCUUCCGGGCUUAUAGUCUCUCACGCUGGUUUCCACCCCUCUGUAACCUGGGGAUGAACGCACCAAUGAGGAGCCUGACAGAUAUGCCUGAUCGCAUGUUAUGUGCCGUGCUGGAGCAAUUUCAGCUUUACUUUUACCGUUGAUCCACUCCCUUUAUAGCACGGCGAGCCCCAGCAUGCUGAAAAGGAAGCAGAGCUCUCGGGUUGAGGCCCAGCCCAUGACUGACUUCGGGCCCGACGAAACCCUUGCUGACAGUGCCGACAUUCUCUGGAUAAACAAACCAUGGGUCCAUUCCUUGCUGAGAGCCUGCGCCAUCAUCAGCGUCAUCUCCGUGUGCAUGAACACGCCCAAAACCUUCGAGCACUACCCGCCCCUCCAGUACGUCACCUUCACCCUGGACACACUGCUCAUGUUCCUCUACACCGCCGAGAUGAUCGCCAAGAUGCACAUCCGUGGCAUCAUUAAGGGAGACAAUCCUUAUGUUAAGGAUCGCUGGUGCAUGUUCGAUGGCUUCAUGGUCUUCUUCCUCUGGGUCUCCCUGGUGCUGCAGGUGUUCGAAAUAGCAGAGAUUGUGGAUCAGAUGUCACCAUGGGGGAUGCUGCGAAUACCCAGGGCCCUCAUCAUGAUCAGAGCCUUUCGGAUAUACUUCAGAUUUGAACUGCCACGCACACGGAUCACCAACAUUCUGAAGCGAUCUGGUGAGCAGAUAUGGAGCGUCUCAAUAUUUUUGCUCUUCUUCCUCCUGCUGUAUGGAAUUCUGGGAGUUCAGAUGUUUGGCACAUUCAAUCACCACUGUGUCACCAACGACACAGAAAGAGGCAAUGUGUCUUGGAACAAUCUGGCUAUCCCAGAUACGCAUUGCUCUCCAGAUGGUGAAGGUUACCAGUGUCCUAUGGGCUUCAAGUGCGUGGAUCUCAAAGACCUUGGACUCAGCAGACAGGAACUGGGCUACAGUGGAUUCAACGAACUUGGCACCAGCAUAUUCACCGUGUACGAGGCGGCCUCCCAGGAGGGCUGGGUGUUCCUCAUGUACCGCGCCAUCGACAGCUUCCCGCGCUGGCGCUCCUACUUCUACUUCAUCACGCUCAUCUUCUUCCUCGCCUGGCUGGUCAAGAACGUGUUCAUAGCUGUUAUAAUCGAGACAUUUGCGGAGAUCCGGGUGCAGUUCCAGCAGAUGUGGGGGUCCAGGAGCAGCACAACCUCAACAGCCACCACGCAGAUGUUCCAUGAAGACGCAGCGGGAGGAUGGCAGCUUGUGGCGGUGGAUGUGAACAAGCCACAUGGCCGAGCCCCCGCCUGCCUUCAGCAACUGAUGCGUUCGUCUGUGUUCCACAUGUUUAUCCUGAGCAUGGUGGCGGUAGACGUGAUCGUCGCUGCCAGCAACUACUACAAGGGCGAGAAUCACCGCCGGCACUACGAUGAAUUCUACCUGGCAGAGGUGGCCUUCACUGUGCUCUUUGACCUGGAGGCUCUUCUGAAGAUCUGGUGUCUGGGCUUCACUGGCUACAUCAGCUCAUCUUUGCACAAGUUCGAGUCUCUCCUUGUGGUGGGGACCACACUCCACAUCUACCCUGACCUCUACCAUUCCCAGUUCACCUACUUCCAGGUCCUCAGAGUGGUACGCCUGAUUAAGAUUUCCCCUGCCCUGGAGGAUUUUGUGUACAAGAUCUUUGGGCCAGGGAAGAAACUAGGGAGUCUGGUAGUGUUCACAGCCAGUCUCCUCAUCGUCAUGUCCGCCAUCAGUCUACAGAUGUUCUGCUUCGUGGAGGAGCUUGACAGAUUUACCACUUUUCCUCGGGCUUUUAUGUCAAUGUUCCAAAUCCUCACGCAAGAGGGAUGGGUGGAUGUCAUGGACCAGACCUUGGUUGCAGUAGGACACAUGUGGGCCCCAGUGGUCGCCAUCUACUUCAUCCUGUACCAUCUCUUCGCCACUUUGAUUUUGCUGAGUCUUUUUGUAGCUGUAAUCCUUGACAACUUGGAGCUUGAUGAAGACUUGAAAAAGCUUAAGCAGCUGAAACAGAGCGAGGCCAACGCCGACACCAAGGAGAAACUCCCACUGCGCCUGCGCAUCUUCGAGAAGUUCCCCAACAGGCCUCAGAUGGUGAAGAUCUCCAAGCUGCCGUCCGACUUCACCGUCCCCAGGAUCAGAGAGAGUUUCAUGAAGCAGUUCAUCGAUCGCCAGCAGCAGGACACCAGUUGUCUGUUCCGAAGGCUCCCGUCUGCCUCCUCUUCCUCCUGUGACCACUCCAAGAGGUCUGCCAUUGAAGAGAACAAAUAUAUGGAUCAGAAGCUACGGAGAUCGAUCUUCAGCAUCCGUGCUCGGAAUCUCCUUGAAAAGGAAACGACUAUCAAUAAAAUUCUGCGGGCCUGCACCAGGCAGCGAAUGCUGAGUGGCUCCUUUGAGGGCCAGCCGGCCAAGGAGCGAUCCAUCUUGAGUGUGCAGCACCACAUCCGCCAGGAGCGCAGGUCCCUGAGACACGGCUCCACCAGCCAGAGGAUCAGCCGAGGGAAGUCCCUGGAGACCCUCACGCAGGAUCAUUCCAACACCGUGCGCUACCGCAACGCCCAGAGAGAGGACAGCGACAUCAAGAUGAUCCAGGAGAAGAAGGAGCAGGCGGAGAUGAAAAGGAAAGUCCAGGAGGAAGAGCUGAGAGAGAAUCACCCAUACUUUGACAAGCCACUCUUCAUUGUUGGCAGAGAGCAUCGCUUCAGAAAUUUUUGCAGAGUGAUAGUACGAGCUCGUUUCAAUGCGUCAAAAACAGACCCAAUAACAGGAGCUGUGAAAAACACAAAGUAUCACCAGCUGUAUGAUCUCCUCGGCCUGGUCACCUACCUGGACUGGGUCAUGAUCGUGGUUACCAUCUGCUCCUGCAUCUCCAUGAUGUUCGAGUCGCCCUUCACCAGGGUCAUGCACGUCCCCACCCUGCAGAUUGGCGAGUACGUCUUCGUCAUCUUCAUGAGCAUCGAGCUGAACCUGAAGAUCAUGGCCGAUGGGCUCUUUUUCACACCCACAGCAGUGAUUAGAGACUUCGGAGGAGUCAUGGACAUCUUCAUUUACUUAGUGAGCCUGAUCUUCCUCUGCUGGCUCCCUCCCAACGUCCCGCCGGAGUCGGGAGCGCAGCUGCUGAUGAUGCUGCGCUGCCUGCGUCCGCUGCGCAUCUUCAAACUGGUGCCGCAGAUGAGGAAGGUGGUGCGCGAGGUCCUCAAGGGCUUCAAGGAGAUCUUCCUGGUCUCCAUCCUUCUCCUGACAUUAAUGCUGGUCUUUGCGAGCUUUGGUGUUCAGCUCUUUGCCGGAAAGCUUGCCAAGUGCAACGAUCCUCACAUUACCAGGCGGGAGGACUGUCACGGAAUAUUCCGGAUCAAUGUCAGCGUCUCCAAAAACUUAAACCUGAAGCUGAAGCCUGGAGAAAAGAAACCAGGAUUCUGGGUGCCACGAGUGUGGGCAAACCCGCGCAACUUUAACUUUGACAACGUGGGCAACGCCAUGCUGGCGCUGUUUGAGGUGCUGUCUCUGAAGGGCUGGGUCGAAGUCCGAGACGUCAUCAUCCACCGCGUGGGACCGAUCCACGGCAUCUACAUCCACGUGUUUGUGUUCCUGGGCUGCAUGAUUGGACUGACUCUGUUUGUGGGCGUGGUCAUUGCCAACUUCAAUGAAAACAAGGGUACUGCUCUGCUGACAGUGGACCAGAGGAGAUGGGAAGAUCUGAAGAGCAGGCUGAAGAUCGCCCAGCCGCUGCACCUGCCCCCGCGACCAGAGAACGGUGGCUUCCGUGCCAAAAUGUACGACAUUACUCAGCACCCUUUCUUCAAACGAGGAAUUGCCGUACUGGUGCUGGCACAGUCUGUGCUGCUUUCAGUCAAGUGGGAUGUGGACAACCCAGUGACAUUUCCCUUGGCAACCAUGUCUGUGGUCUUUACCUUCAUCUUUGUGCUGGAGGUCACGAUGAAACUGAUUGCCAUGUCACCAGCCGGGUACUGGCAGAGCAGAAGGAACCGAUAUGACCUGCUUGUGACUUCGUUGGGAGUGAUAUGGAUUGUUUUGCAUUUUGCUUUACUGAAUGCCUAUACCUACAUGAUGGGCACUUGUGUGAUUGUGUUCAGGUUCUUCACCAUUUGUGGGAAACAUGUAACACUGAAGAUGCUCCUGCUCACAGUGGUGGUGAGCAUGUAUAAAAGCUUCUUCAUCAUCGUGGGCAUGUUCCUCCUGCUGCUGUGCUACGCCUUCGCCGGAGUCGUGCUCUUCGGCACUGUCAAGUACGGAGAGAACAUUAACAGGCAUGCCAACUUUUCCACCGCGGGCAAGGCCAUCACAGUGCUGUUUCGCAUCGUCACAGGAGAAGACUGGAAUAAGAUCAUGCACGACUGCAUGGUACAGCCACCAUUCUGUACACCAGACAAGCACCGUUACUGGGAGACAGACUGUGGCAACUAUGCGGGAGCCCUCAUCUACUUCUGCUCUUUCUACGUCAUCAUUGCCUACAUCAUGCUCAAUCUGCUCGUGGCUAUCAUCGUGGAGAAUUUCUCUCUCUUUUACUCAACCGAGGAAGACCAGUUGCUGAGCUACAAUGACCUGCGCCACUUUCAGAUCAUCUGGAACAUGGUUGAUGACAAGAGAGAGGGCGUUAUCCCCACGUCGCGGGUGAAGUUCCUGCUACGGCUGCUGAGGGGAAGGCUGGAGGUGGACCUGGACAAGGACAAGCUGCUCUUCAAACACAUGUGCUACGAGAUGGAGAGGCUGCACAAUGGGGGGGACGUCACCUUUCAUGACGUGCUGAGCAUGUUGUCAUACCGCUCAGUGGACAUCAGGAAGAGUCUGCAGCUGGAGGAGCUGCUGGCCCGUGAGCAGCUGGAGUACACCAUCGAGGAGGAGGUGGCCAAACAGACCAUCCGCAUGUGGCUCAAGAAGUGCCUGAAACGCAUCCGGGCUAAACAGCAACAGUCGUGCAGCAUCAUCCACAGCCUGAGGGAGAGCCAGCAGCAGGAGCUCAGUCGCUUCCUGAACCCCCCCAGCAUUGAGACCACGCUGCCCAGCGAGGAUGUCAACGCCCACAACCAGGACAACCCCUCCCAGCCUGAGCAGAUCAGCAGCCUGCAGCAACUCCUGAGCCCCACGCUGUCGGACCGCGGCGGGUACCGGCAGGACUCCACUGAAAUAGGCAAGCCACAGAGGAAGCUGGGUCAGUGGCGUCUGCCCGCAGGUCGAACCAGCGUGAAGUCGGUGGUGUGCAAGAUGAACCCAGUCAACGACGAGGCGUCCUCGGGUUCAGAGGUGAAGAAGUGGUGGACACGGCAGCUGACCGUGGAGAGUGACGAGAGUGGAGAUGAUCUCAUCGAUAUUUAGAGGGAACUGGGACUGUUCCUGGAGUUCAGCAGCAGUUCAGUAGGCAAAAGGCUAUCACUCACUCAGGGUCUGUUAGAAAGUGCAGUCCAGAACUGUUGGGCAGAGAGAACAGAGUUGUAGUACAUAUCCUGAAAUGCUUAAGAAAAUAUCUACAUAUAUGUAUGAAUAAUAUGUAAAAUAUAAGCCAUGUAAGUCACACUGAGUAAGAGCAUCUGAUGUAGUAGUAGUAAGACUACUCAACAACAUCUGACUUUAGGCUUCAUAUCUCUUCUGCACUGUAAGUAAAACAUUGCAAAACUUCUGCCUACUGAACUGUCCAGGUUUGAGUAAGGGCCUGGUGGGCCACCUUUUGAGGUGAGUGUGUAAGUAUGCGUGUGUGUGUG